ACUUCUGAGUUCUGUUUGCUAUACACGUGUGUCGUAUAGAGUAUCGAUAGGUUAUUUGCAAGUAAAAUAAUUGUGUUUUAAUCGUGAUAAUCACAUAUCCCGAAUAAGAAGACAAUCCAAAAAGAAGAAGAAUCUAUCGUUUUACGAUGCCGAUCAUAAAUAGGAUAAAACCAGUUACACAUAAAGGUAAAAAAGCCUUAAUAAAAAAAGAACCUCAAUUAGUAGAAAAUGCUAAAGAGACUUUGUGCCUCAAAAGUAAAAAUAAUUCACAGCUUGUUAUCGAUUUCAUGAAGGAUUUGUACGAUCUGAAGAAACCUAAUGCACAAAUGAUGCAAAAGAAAAAUGAUAUACUACCAUUUGAGAAUAUUGUACCUGUUGAGAAAUUUGCUUCUAAGUAUGAAGCAUCUCUUUUCAUGAUGGUUUCGCAUAAUAAGAAACGUCCACAUAAUUUCAUGAUAGGUCGAAUGUACGAGCAUACAUUAUUAGAUAUGGUAGAAUUUGGUGUUGAAAACUAUAAAGGAUUAAAAGAUUUUAAAGUUGAAAAGAUUACUGUGGGAAUAAAACCCUUGUUGGUCUUCAAUGGUGAACUCUUUGAAAAUAAUUAUGAAUUUGGAAGAAUUAAAAACUUACUUAUUGAUAUGUUCCAAAGGGAAGUGGUCGAAAAGAUCAGAUUGCAAGGUCUCGAACAUGUCUUAAGUUUUACAGCAGUUGAAAAUAAAAUACUUCUGCGUAGUUACAGGGUACUUUUGAAAAAAUCCAAUACAAGGAUACCUAGAAUAGAACUUGAGGAAAUAGGACCACGUGCUGAUUUGUUAUGCAGGCGUAAUAAGUUUGCCUCUGAAGAUUUAUUCAAGCAAGCUUGCAAGAAACCUAAAGAACUCAAGAUUAAGAAGAAGAAAAAUAUCUCUAAAGAUACACUUGGAACAACAUUUGGUCGUAUACAUAUUGGAACACAAAAUAUCGAUAGACUUCAAACAAGGAAGAUGAAAGGCUUAAAGAAAACAUUAUCAGAAAAGAAUGCUCAAAAGAGAAAAAUUACUGAUGACAAUGACAGUACAACAAAACUCAGAAAAGUUACCGAUUAAACUGAUGAAUUACUUGAUUGAUGUGUUAAAGAAAGUGUUAACAAUAUUCUUUUUAUAAUAAACUUUUAUUUAAUCUGUAA